AUGCAAAUCAGCCUAGCUAACGUUUGGGGAAAUGAAAAAAUAUUCUCGGACAACAUUACUCGUAUUUUAGAUAGACUCCUUGAUGGUUAUGACAACAGACUGCGGCCUGGUUCUGGAGGUGGUGUCACGGAGGUGAAAACAGACAUCUUCGUCACCAGCUUUGGACCUGUUUCAGAUGUGGAGAUGGAGUACACCAUGGACAUGUUCUUCCGUCAGAUGUGGGUUGAUGAGCGGCUGCAAUUCGAGGGACCCACAGAAAUCCUGCGGCUGAAUAAUCGCAUGGUGGACAAGAUCUGGACGCCGGACACUUUCUUCAGGAACUCCAAGAAGUCAAUUUCCCAUAACAUGACCACACCCAACAAGCUCUUCAGAAUUAUGCAGAAUGGGACCGUUCUCUACACCAUGAGACUGACGAUCAGCGCAGAGUGUCCAAUGAGGCUGAUGGAUUUCCCCAUGGACGGCCACGCUUGUCCUCUCCGGUUUGGAAGCUAUGCGUACACCAGCAGCGAAAUUAUGUUCACCUGGAGGAAGGGGCCAAUAGACUCUGUCGAUUGUCCCAAAGAGUCAAUGAGUCUGCUGCAGUAUGAUCUUGUGGGGCAGACUUUGUCCAGUGAGAUUUUCAAAGCAAACACAGGUCACUACUCUGUGCAGGUGGUCCAUUUCCACCUGCAGAGGAAGCUGGGCUACUACCUCAUCCAGACCUACAUCCCUCUGAUAAUGGUGGUGGUGCUUUCACAAGUCUCAUUCUGGAUUAACAAGGAGUCGGUUCCUGCUCGCACAGUUGCCGGCAUCACCACAGUGCUGACCAUGACCACCCUGAGCAUCAGCGCCCGCCAGUCUCUGCCCAAAGUCGCCUACGCCACCGCCAUGGACUGGUUCAUCGCCGUGUGCUUUGCCUUCGUGGCGUCGGCCCUCAUCGAGUUUGCGGCGGUGAACUACUUCGCCACCUUGCAGGCCCACCGUCUGAAGAAGCUCAAAGCCAGACAGGACAAGCUGGAGGUGUUGGCUACUGGCAGCGACGAUGAGGACACAGUCUCACAGUCGGACAACAACCCUCGGGAAGGCCUGAAGAAGAGGAAUCACUCGGUGUGUCGCAGCGAGCCGGACGACACUCCCCCGCUGCCCAUUUUCCUUCAGCAGGGCUCCGCGUUUCCCCAAAUCCCACAGCUGGCCGGCACCAGUCCCAUCGACAAGUACGCUCGAAUCCUGUUCCCACUGUCCUUCGGCCUCUUCAACUUUAUCUACUGGUACAUCUACCUGGCCAAAGACACCAUGGAGAAGCCCAGGGACAUGGAAAUCCAAAACUAGGAGCAGCCGGAGAGAGGGCACGUGCAGCCGGACAGACCUCCAGCAUCCACCCAGCGUCACCUCACCCUCCUCCUCCUCCUCCUCCUCCUCCUCUCUCACUCCGUGAACAAGCUCUCAGCGUUCACUCUGCUCUCAUCUGACAGAGGAAAUGAAUCAGAAACUCAUUUAUUCUCCUGCUGCACAUCUAUUCAUUUCACAGGCUGUGACCACUGCCCACUUGUGUUCUGAUCACUAACUGAAGAGCUGCC